AAAACUACAUUAUCUCUGUUCGUGGUGACAAUACAUUGGGGACUUUAGUCACUAAGCCUUUACAUGAUGUAAUUCAAUGGCUAUCUUUUGACAGGAUAGCCGAAGCUAAACUUGCUAACACAAUGCGGACGUGUGUAUGACUCUAGAUGUUUAUAGCUGAUCCAGAGGGCGUUUAAACCAGUUGCGCCGUUCGUUCACUGCCUUGAUAGUUAUUAUCGCUUCGAAGUGAUAGUAACUAUCAACUUAAAUGUUUAUACUAAUUGACGCUGUUUACCAUGGUUGCUAACGCUCCUGGUUCGUUAUUUCCCCCGGUGCUUGAAGGAGCAGGAAGCUGCCAAUCACCGGCAGAAGAACACAACAUGGACUCCAACGGGAAGCCCUCCACAGUCCAGGUUGUGCUGCUAGCUGGCAGCUCGGCCCUGACCGCCUUCUUCUACUCUGUUUAUAGGAAGCGGGCUACGACAGUGGCCAGAUUAAAGGAAGCCAAAAAGGUCCCCAUUGACCAAGAUUUGAAAAAGUACCUGUCUGACAUCCCUGGAAGAUGUGUCCCAUAUGCUGUUGUAGAAGGUGUUGUGAAAUCCGUAAAGGAAUCGCUAAGCAGCCAGUUUGUUGACAACUGCAAGGGAGUCAUUGAGAGGCUGACCCUGAAGGAGAAGAAGAUGGUAUGGAAUCGCACCACGCACAUCUGGAAUGACACAGAGAAGCUGAUCCACCAGCGCACCAACACGGUCCCCUUCGACCUGGUGAGUCACGACCAGGCGGUCGACGCUGCCGUGCGCGUGGUGCGCCCCCUGGACUCGGCCGAGCUGGACCUGGAGACGGUCUACGAGAACUUCCACCCCACGGUGCAGUCGCUCUCCAACGUCAUCGGCCACUUCAUCAGCGGCGAGCGGCCCAAGGGCGUCCGCGAGACGGAGGAGAUGCUGCGGCUGGGCGAGAGCGUCACCGGGGUGGGGGAGCUGGUGCUGGACCACAACCUGGUGAAGCUGCAGCCCCCCAAGGAGGGCCUGCCCUACUUCCUCAGCCGGCUGGACCACCAGUCCCUGCUGAGCAAGCAGGAGAGCGGCGUGCGCGUGUGGCGGCUUCUGGCGCUGGCGUCGGGCGCGGCGGCCUGCUCCCUGCUCCUCCUGCUGCUGUGGCGGCGCUACGAGCGGCACCGCCGCGCCCGCGGGGAGAAGAGCGUCCUGCGGGAGUUCAAGGAGCAGCAGAGGAGGCGCCUGCGGGAGCUGGACAUGGACGAGGGGGCGGUGUCGCCGGCCGCCUGCACCGUGUGCCUGAGCCGGGAGCGCUCCUGCGCGUUCCUGGACUGCGGCCACGUGUGCGCCUGCGGGCCCUGCUACCUGGCCCUGCCCCAGCCCAAGAGGUGCCCCAUCUGCAGGGCGCCCAUAGACCGGGUGGUGCCGCUUUACAACAGCUAAUGACACGCGAACCGAAAUGCAUUGUUCAUCAACGAAUAAACACGCACCCAAGCAGGCAACCAUUAUAUCUAUUGCCGAGUUGUCAUGACUAGGAUUUCAGUCGGCGGCUGAGAAAGAUAAGAUGCGGUCAAGUCUAAAAUAAGACUGGAUAUUUGAUCGUUAGACGUGUGUAGAUGUCGCCUCGGGAGACCGUGUUGACGUUCAAGUUUGCGAUUCGGAGAAGAACAGAACGUGAACCUGCGAGACCAGGAUGGUCUCACGAGGCUAGGUUUCAUCGGGACAAACACUGGUCUCGCUCUUAGUACGAAUAUUGGGUCUGCUCAUUUUAUUUAUUAUUAAGUCCUACGCUAAAAACUAAUGAGGACAAAUACACUACAUGUGCCCUGGUACAAAGAGCUUGUCUUAAAAUGACACCUCUGGGAAAAGGGUUUAUUGAAUGAGACAAUUCUUGGUGUGUGAGCGUCGUUUACAAUAGCAACAGACUGUGUAUGAGUCAUAUUAUUCAUCUUCUGUCUGUCAUUCAAGAAAGGAUAGGUGGGCUUGAACACCUUCUUCAGGACAUGUUUUUGUGUGUUUUUAAUUGUCACAACUGAAACCUCAUUAAAGACAAAUUCAUUGUAUUGAAGUAUAUUUACUUCAUACCAACUGCAACAGGAAAUCGUAUUCUUAUUGUCCAUCUUUUUUUUCCUAUAUGAUGGGCUGCCAGCAGCCGUCUAAUUACUAGAGCAGAGACUAUAAUCAAAAUUGAUUAUAGUUCCUUUAAGAUCCUGCUAUGGAGUUAAAUUGCUUGUAUCUUCUGACUGAAAGUAUUAUUUUUACACCGCUCAGUGUAAUUUGAGAAUGGACUCCCAAGUCAACAUGCUUUUACUGCAAUUUUCUCUAUUGUGGCAAUUAGGGGUUUUAAUGUGUGGAUUCAGAAGUUGGUCUUGUGUUCCAUUUAGUGUGAUUAAGGGUUCAACCGCAGAGGACUGAAAGACCAUUGGGUUUGUUUUCUCUGCGUCCCUUAAUACAAUAGAGCAAUGUUAUUAUGAAACAAAUACGAUCUGAUAACCUUGUCAAGUAACAACAUCCUGCAGUGUGUUGCCUUUAUGUAGUAAGUCGUAAACUGUUUAUUUUACUGGAUAAAUAUAAACUGGCCAACUUUUGACUUUUAUAUGGUUGGCAGGCAUCAGUCACCAAUACUAUAUAAUGACGCAAUAUCACAUUGCUCAAAUACAUUCACUCCCUGCAAAUGGUGUAUAUAAAUCCCAUUUUCCAUGUUCGAUAAAACUGACCAAAGAAAA